GCAAACCGACACUGGCACAUACAAAUGAGGGACAGCCAGCUCCAAAGCUGAAACACACUGACGGGGAAGAGUAGACACUGGCAACAAUUGCUUGAAAGUUGUUUUAUUCUUCAAGACUGAUUUUCUUUAGUCUACCUAGCCUUGGAGGACAAGGCUCUCAAAAGAACAAUCAAAGACAACAUUGAGUCUGCAGGGAAGAGCAACAUCUUCCUCUGACUAUACAACAUUUUAUUUAAAGUGAAUUUCAUUUCAUUUGGUCGCUGUUUCACCAUGACUGCUGUUCGUCAGAUGCCAGCCGAGACCUCUGGUUUCCAUGUCCUCUCAGCCCACCUGAUGGCCACUGCUAUGGAGGAGUUCCCCCAGCAACUGCCUGUGCCCAAGGGCCCAGCAAAGGGCAAGAGUCGCUCCCGCCGACCUCGGGAGGCCCGCUUUAAAACCCAGCCUGUCACAUUUGCUGAGAUUGCAGAAGUAGAAGAAGAAGGUUCUUCCCCGCUGGAAGAGGAGAGGGCACGUCGCUCCUUUCUACAGUCCUUGGAGAACCUGCGGAGGAGCACGCAGACCCUUUACUGCUCAGCGGCUACCAAUCGUACCCCCACACCCACACAGGCCAGCCUGGACUCCAGUGACUCCGACUCCACCCAGUGAGGGCUUCUGUGUGCGUGUCUUCUGGUUCUAAUAUUCCUUUAUGGGACUUCAGAUGGAGGCCAACUAGACUAAACCAAACUGGUUCAGUCCUGCCUUUAUGUUUAAGCUACUGCUGCCAUGCAAAGUCUGCAUUUAGUUCACUAACAUGUUGGCACACUGCUUGAAGAUGCACAUCAUACAUAUCUGUAAAGAUCUCUACCACAGGCUGGUAUAACGGCUGUACAGAUAUUAAUAGAGGUAGCAAAUAAUGCGAUGUUCAGCACAUUGUCUUCAAAUGAAUUCCUUUUCUACUCUAGUUGUUUAGGACAAAUCUGAAACAUGAAAGAUAUUUUUCCAUUUUGAAGCUGUAGAAUAUAUUUCAGUCAAGUUUUCUCUAAUUGAGGAGUUAUCAUAGAAAGGAGGGUUUAAAAUGUUAACAUUGUGAUUGAAUUGUCUGUAAAUACACCGACAAACCAAAAUGUUCUGCAGCAAGAGUUUUCCUGACUGUGCCUGAAACUGUAGAGGACCAUCAGAGAGCUCUUCUCCAGAGUCUCAAUGUUUUUUUUUCCAGCUUCACAGUCAGUGGAGUAAGUGCUGUAGCUUCUAUUUCUGACCAGAAAUUACUUUUCUACCUUUCUAGAUGCACUUAUUUAUUUUUGUUUUUUUUCUGCAUAACUAAGUACAAUUCUAGAGGUAAACAUUUUCCUGUCUCUGAACUCUGGUCACUUUGACAUUCAUACAAAGAAUAACCUUUAUAUUUUGUGAUUUUAUCACUUUUUAUGUAUAUAUAUAUAUAUAUAUAUAUAUAUAUAUAUACAUAUAAUUGUUUAUGUACUUCAAUAAAUAUUUUCAAGGAUA